UUCAAUUUUAUUUCUCAUAUUAUCAAAAUGGCAUCCGGCAGCAAAUCAACUAAUUAUUCAAUCAAGCCAACUUCUUUCUAUGGUAGAAAGCCUUCUGGUAUCCUCAGGAUACAAGCGCCUGUCUUGAUCAAAUUUGCUGAUGACGACUCAGAUCUAUGCUCCUCAGGCGGAGAUUCCAGCGAUGAAGAAAAUAUAACUGAUUGCGAACUAUUUUUGCCAAUACCUUCUUCGUCCAGUGAGGAAGUUGAUAGCAGUGAUGAAAAUGCUGACAGCAAUGACAAUCAGUUACUUUCAAUAUUAGGAAGAGCAAAUGGCAGCGCGGAUAAAAAAGAAGGUGCAACAGUAGUGCAAGCUACCAAUAAACCAAACGCAAAUGGAAAAAAGCCUGCAAAAAAAUCUCAGCUAUUGUGGAAAGUUAAAAGUCUUCCAAAUAAACAAGAAGACCACAAAUUUAAAGGUACCAACAAAAAAUGGACGAGUUAUUGGAUUGUCUUGGUUCAGAACUGUCAUGCUUUUAUCGGAUUUUUCCAAAAGAGCUUUUUCAAGAAAUUGCCUAUCAGACAAUGUUGUAUUCCAUGCAAACCAAUCCUGAAAAACCAGCUGCUGUAAAAGAGGAAGAUAUAAUUAGUUUUGUUGCAUGUGUUUUGUAUAUGUCUGUUGUCAAACUCCCAAGCACAAGAGAUUAUUGGUCGUCUUCCAUUGGAAUUGCUCAUGUAGCUAAUAUUAUGCCCGUCAACCGCUUUGAAAAAUUAAAAAGCAUUAUUCGUUUUGCUGACAACAACUCUGCUGACAAAGACGAUAAGCUUUUCAAGAUACGCCCUCUCAUAAACAAAAUGAAUGAACAGCUGAACAGUAUUCCAUUUGAAGAAAAUUUGGCGGUUGAUGAGCAGAUUAUUCCGUUCAAAGAGAGACAUUUAAUCAAACAAUACAACCCUAAAAAACCACACAAAUGGGGGUUUAAAGUUUUUGUUCUGAGUGGUGUCUCUGGCUUCAGCUAUAAUUUUGAAGUUUACUGUGGAGGAAGUGACUACAUUUGCUUUGAGAAUGAACCAGACCUUGGGGCAAGUAGUAACGUUGUCAUGCGCCUAGCCUGAAUCCUGCCCGAUGACAUUAAUCAUAAAUUGUAUGUUGACAAUUGGUUCAAUAACAUUGGUUUAAAUGUUUAUAUGUUCAAGAGGGGAAUUCAAAUGGUUGGAACUGCACGUAGGAACCGUGUUGGAAAUUGCCCAGUAUUGUCAGAUAAGGAAACGAAGCAAAGGGGUCGCGGAGCAUUUACAGAACAUGUUGCCAAGGUUGACGGAGUUGAUGUAUCGGUAGUUUCCUGGUUUGACAACAAAGUUGUAACAUUGAUGUCCAAUUUUAUUGGAAGUGAACCUUCAAUUGAGGUUAGAAGGUUUUUCAAGAAAAGAUAUGUGUCAUAUCAACAUUUCCUGUCCAGGAGUAGUCACUAUCUACAACAAGCACAUGGGGGGAGUCGACUUGCUUGAUUCUCUACUUGGCUAUCACAGGAACAAGAUUCGGUCAAAAAAGUGGUAUCACAGGAUCUUUUUCCACUUGAUUGAUAUGUCCAUAAUCAAUGCCUGGAUUCUUUGGCAAAAGCGUAAUCCGUCAACUCCACUUUUCAAAUUCAAAUUGGCGGUAGCAGAUUUGUUGUCUAAUUACCAGGUGUCGCGUAAACGAAAAGCAGGUCGCCCAUCACUUGCUGACAUCACACAACGUGUUGGCUCAAAAAUUGCCAUUACCCAUGAAGCAAUUCAGUCUGAUCAAGUUGGACAUUGGCCCAUUUUCAAUGAAAAGCGGACUCGUUGCAAAUAUGACAAGUGCUCUGCCUUAACAUAUUUAUUUUGUGAAAAGUGUGACACUGCUCUGUGUCUUAAUAAAGACCGCAACUGUUUUAAAGCUUUCCAUCAAUAGAUUUUUUAUAUAUAAUGAUAUCUUUACUGAGUAUAUUAAACUACCAAGGUCAUAUUCCAAGAUAAACUCUCUGUUUAGCAACAAACAUUAGUUUAUAAUUUUUUCAUGAAGUUCCACUACUGCAUGAUGUAUCAUAUAUGAUACAAUUAAUU